AUGCUUCUCCCAGCCAAGGUCUCCCUUUGCUUUCUGACGAGCUUGGGGUUUCCUGCCGACCAGAUUUCUUGCCUGCAGGAACCAGCCGCUUGCGACAGUGGCGGCGAAACCACAUAUCGCAGCCCUCGCAGCUUCCAGGUCGAAGCUCCAACUCAGGUUCCUUUCACGCUGUCCCUGCGCAUGCGAUGGACUGGGGACAGUCCGCCGGAUCUGACGCCAAACCCAGCUUGUGUUAUCUGCUGGACGAUUGAUCCGGACACCACGCCGAGUACCAACAAAGAGCAGUUCUAUCAAGGCUUGGAUGGCCAGCCACCACGAAUUGCGCUGAUGCGCAUGGGGAAUGUGCUCAACUACGAAGAGUACGGAGCCGAUGGAGGCACUGGCACCGUCAACCUUUUCACCUCAGCCAAGCAGCUCAACGACGGAGAGUACCACGAGGUCGUCGUUGUUCGCGGGGAGUCGCGGAUUACGCUGUGGAUUGAUGGGCAGCCUGAUUCCUUCAUUAGCAGACAAGCAAAAGGUAACAACUUCCAAAACGCGGAUCUGCCGGGGGGCAAGCCGAAUGCCAUUACUGGCAAGGCCUCGACAUCGAACGAGUACUUGCGGAAGCAAGUGAAGAACACGGCGUCCUACAACAAGGUCGACCCGAACAACGGCAAGUGGGCCUUGAAGGGCGAGGUCACCAAUGUGAGGCUGUACUACACUGAAUUGAGCGCCAACGACUUCCCCAACAGCAAGACUUCUUGCGAGGCCACCACUACACAAGCCCCGGUGACCUGCCACACCAGCUGUGAUCGCUGUGAUGGUGCUUCGGAGGAGGAUUGUCUCAGCUGCAAGGCACGCCGCUUUCUGCACGACAGAAAGUGCUUGGAACAAUGCCCUGACGGCACCUUCGGGGACUCCGACUCCAAGGCUUGCACCCAAUGUCACGACUCCUGUGGCAGUUGCUCCGGCAGUGGAGAAGCAGAUUGCCAGAGCUGUGACAGCCAGGACAACUUCCUGCACAACGGCCGGUGUUUGACAGCUUGCCCUCCACAAUUCUUCGCCGAUGCAAAGAGAGUUUGCGUGAAGCUGGCUGGCAGUGUUGUCGCCUUGAAGACGACCGGCAAGGGUGGCACAUUCUUCGUGUACUCCAACAGCACGAGCUGCGUCAAGUUGGUGCCUUUGGAUGAAAAGGAGAAGGAGAAUCCAAAGAAAGUCAGCGAUGAAGCGAAAAUGUGGAUGAUCUCCGACACGGGCAACGGUGAGACCUCCCUGCGUAAUGUCAGAACGGGUAUGGCAUUGCACAUGUGCUCUUGGCUGCAUGAAGGAUUUAGGAAUUUCGAGACUGCGCACAGGAAAGUGCUAGUCACAGCUUGCGAAGGCACGCUCACAGACGAAAGAGUCUGGCUGCUCCGAAACCCUGUCAAGCUGCGCAGUGGCACGGCCACCCACGCCAGUCCUUGGACAAGACGAGCUUUGGACGGACAACGAGUGGGCAACCAGCAAGUGUGA